CCGCUGGGACCAGCACCGAGUCCUGCAAAUAAAGCUGCGGAUACCGCGCUGCCAACAUAGCCUCCCUGACCGCCCUGAGUGGUGUCACGUGCCUCUUACCGUCCCUUUGACGUCUCCAGUCACCCCGGGAGGCUGGGAGUGGGGAUCGAGUACUGCCGGUCCUGCUGCUGCGUGUGGCGGACAUGCGAGUGGCUGUCGAUACCGAGGCGGCCAGCCAGCACCGGCUUGCAGAGAUCAGCGGUGAUGUAUAUCGACUCAAGGGGUUGUCGUGUCAAGGUGAUGAGUGUCGGCAGCGCUGGUCUCUACCGCAGACCAACAGCAGUACAUAUCAGCAGUAUUCGGCCAGUAUAUUUCAGCAGGAUUCGGCGCAUCUACUGCGCUGGCCUGCCAUCCUGCUUACAACGAAGCGCUUCGCGUUGCAGUCGAGUUGGCACCAAAUGUUGUGGUCAUGUCUGCUUAGACCGCCUUGACGGCCGCGUGGUUCGCCGUCCGGGCCCGCUGCGGCCCGUGCCAUGCUCGAUCGUCCGCCUCAGUGACGACUCCGACUCACAAGCUCCGGGGCUAUGUAUUGGUGUUAGAAGCCAGCACGGCCGAGGGGUUGGGUUGGGUGUGGCGGGAGCGAGCACGAAAUACAGUGCGUGCGAGCGAGGUGCGCGUUGCACAUCUUGGGACUACCAUGCGUUGUGUAACGCCCAAUACGCUCAAGAGUUGGGACGUAGGUCGCGCGGCACAGAAGGACUACAUGUUUACCUGCACUUCGCUCGCGGCGCCCUCUCUGCGGCAACAGAGAGUAGCAUGCAAUGCUGUUCAAGUAUCACCUCACUUUCCAUAGUCGCUCAGUAAGAGAGGCGCACCACGUCUGUCAAGGAAAAAUGUCGAGACGAGGGAGUGGACGUGUGGGCUUUGCAACGUGCAUCAUCUACAGCACUCUCAAUUCCGCAGAGAUUACUUGUACCGCCCCACA